AUGACUUCCGAGUCACGACGAAGUCGAUCCACGUCUGGACAACGCAAAGCCAUUUCAUUGAGGUUUAAAGUGAAAGUGAUACAAACUUACGAAGCUGCAACGGGUGCUGAGAAGACCUUCUAUUGCAUUGGGAAGGAAUUUGGCGUCCAAACUGGCCAAGUGUCUCGGUGGGUCAAGGCCAAGGACAAAAUCACCGCCAGGGCAGUGUUCAAUCCGUCUGCAUUGACCGUCAAUGCUGGCCGCCCAGUGACCAAUCCAGCAGUCGAAGCCGAAGUCCUUGAGUACUUCAACACUCUUCAGCAAGACGACAUCGCCAUCAGUACGAACAUGCUCAUCAUUUACGCCCUCAGUGUGGACUCGGAUUUUCAUGGCGGACAACCAAAUGCGUUGAAGAAGUGGGUCUAUAUGUUCCUGCAACGACAUAACUUGGUCAUUCGCCGCCCAACCCGCCGGGCUCAAAAGCGAUCGGGCCAUUUGACGGCGAUUAUGGAAGAUUUUGGAACGACCUUAGUCGCACGCUUCGCGCCGUUUGGAACGUUGGUGAACGUAGCAGGGCGAUGUUUUGUAAACAUGGACGAAACACCUCUCCCUCUGGAGCCAGAGGUCAAGACAACGAUCGCAACAAAGGGUUCAAGAACGGUGUCUGCACGCAAGU